UGGGGAAGCGGGGGGCUCCCCAGACAGCCGUGGGGACAAGUUAGAGCCAGCACUUUACCCCGGGCCUCGCGUGUAGCUUCCCCUCUCCUGUUCUAGGUGCCCCUGUGUCUGGAGGGGGGUGCGGGGGUGUGCCCUCCUUACAUGUUCCACCACCCGGGCACCCCUCUGGGCUCGUGUUCCAUCUCGCUCUUGCUUCCUACACGGUGGUCAAGGAGAACCACUUUGCAUCAUGUCCCGGUAUAGCUACCAAAGUCUCCUGGACUGGCUCUAUGGGGGCGUGGACCCCAGUUUUGCGGGCAAUGGGGGCCCCGACUGUGCUGCCUUCCUCUCUUGGCAGCAGCGGCUGCUGGAAAGUGUGGUGGUCCUGCCCUGCACCCUGGCCCUGCUGGAGAUCCUGGUGGCCCUGCGGUACAUCCUGAGGCAGACGAAGGAGGACGGUAGGGGUGGCGGUGGCAGCCAGCCAGAGCAGGUGACCCAGCGGCCAGAGGAAGGCAAGGAGAGCCUGAGCAAGAAUCUGCUCUUAGUAGCCCUGUGCCUGACCUUCGGGGUGGAGGUGGGCUUUAAGUUCGCCACCAAGACCGUCAUCUACCUGCUCAACCCCUGUCACCUGGUCACCAUGAUGCAUAUCUUUCUUCUGGCUUGCCCUCCAUGUCCUGGAGCUAUUGUCGUCUUCAAGCUACAGAUGCACAUGUUGAAUGGAGCUCUUCUGGCAUUGCUGUUUCCUGUGGUAAAUACUCGGCUGCUCCCGUUUGAGUUGGAGAUUUACUACAUCCAGCAUGUUAUGCUCUACGUGGUACCCAUCUACUUGCUUUGGAAAGGAGGUGCUUACACCCCAGAGCCCCUCAGCAGUUUCCAGUGGGCUCUGCUCUCAACUGGCCUCAUGUUCUUUUAUCACUUCAGCAUCUUGCAGAUCCUCGGCCUGGUCACCGAAGUGAAUUUGAACAACAUGCUGUGUCCGGCCAUCUCAGACCCAUUCUACGGCCCCUGGUAUCGCAUCUGGGCCUCGGGACACCAGACUCUCAUGACCAUGACCCACGGGAAGCUGGUCAUCCUGUUCUCAUACAUGGCUGGGCCCUUGUGUAAAUAUCUGCUGGAUUUGCUCCGGCUUCCAGCCAAGAAAAUAGACUGAAGGUGCUUGUUGGUUUUUGUUUUUGUUUUUGUUUUUGUUUUUGUUUUUGUUUUGUUUUGUUUUUGUUUUUCUCCCUGAGGAGGCAAUUCUGACUUGACUUGGAGAACACCCAGUUCUUGAUGAAAUCAUGGGAGAGGGCAGUAGGGUGUUUGGUGUAUUUCUUUUUUCUUCCUCUCUGUCCCUUCUUCCACCCCUCUUCGUUCCCCAGCUCUUUCCCCCAGGAUGCUUCCUUGAGCCUGUGGUAUAGUGCUGGGGAAUGGAUUCUCCUUCCCUUUCACUUUUUCUCCUGCUCCUAGUGGCCUUACAUGGGAGAUGAUAGGCAGUGGCUCUUCUACUCUGCUUGUUGGUGCUUCAACAACAGCUGGUUGAGGAGAAAGGGAACAAUAAGCAGUAGUUCUUUCAGCUUUGAAGCAAUGAGAUUGGGUUGUGCUUCAUCCCUCCACUGCCAGGGACCUCCAAGCUUAUGCUGGGAUCCCCUUUAGUCUCCAGCACAGCCUCCACCAUAAGGGGACUGAGGCCUUGUUUCUAUACCAGCGUCAAGCCCAGAGCCCAGGAAUUUCCCAGCUGAUGGCCAAAGGAGAACUGGCCAGAUUCUUCCCACUGCUGUCCCAUGACUCAAAGCAAGCAGCAAAGUAGCCACUCCCUCCAGGAGGCUGCCCGAGCUGGGAGGCAGGAGCAUGACCCACCCAAGGCCAGAUUUCCCUGAGAGGGCUGGAGAGCAAUUGCAAUGGGAAAUCCAAAGUGAAGAAGGUACAUAGUACUAGGCAAGAUGCUGUCUGUAAGAGCCAAGAACUGACCCAUAUUCCCAGUCAGAAGUGAGCAUAGAAAUUAAUCAACAGAAGUGGUAACUUGAGAAAAUUGGUUUGAAUCAUACACUCUGUAUUAAUGUUGAUAAUAGAUACCAUUUAACCUUGAGUGCCCCUGAAAUGUGCCUCUCCUCUCUCUCUCCCCACUUUUUCCUUCUCUUUCUUUCUCUGUCCUUUUCUCUCUCCAUCUCAUUCUUUUCUCCUUUCUCAAAGGCAGCUUCAGCAAAGAACAAGCUAGAGUUGGUUUUGCUUUAUUCUUUUUAUUUGUUUGUUUUUUUUUUAUUUUUUUUUUUGUUUGUUUGUUUUUGAUGUUUGCGUAUGGACAGUCCUUGCAUCAGGGCCGAUUUCUAAAAGGGCUCCUGUAGAUCCAUUUAGAUCCAUUUCUUGGUUUUCCAGGGUAUAUCAGCAUCCUGGGUUUGGGAAGAUACCGUUCCUGCCAGCACUGUUUCCCUAGGUCCAGAUUUCUUUGGUGUAGCCAGGUUUCAGUGCUGAAUUCUUCAAUAUGGGGGCACUUCACCUUCCCCCCGACCACCCCCAAAGUCCACGUUCAGGUUGAAAGGCAGCUGCCAAGGAAUCAGGAACUCAUGGGUGGAGGUUCAAGUGCUCCAAAGGGAGGGGCUGUUGUUGAAAGAUUUGAGCUCAGUCAUGCAUGGGCCUCAAGAAGGGAGGCAGUGGCUGGGCAUUUGCUGACUUUUUGUUGCCUCUGCUGGAAACAGAUAGGCUUACGAACACAAAAGAUCACUCAGUGACCUCCUCUCCCCCUCUCUUACUCUAGGCAACCUACUUGCCCUGGACAAGCUCUGGUAUUUCAAAUUUGACCAUAUUAGAUCUAGAUUGAGCUUCAUUGAUCAGUGGUCAUGAUUUUAGCAAACAGAACACAAGAAGUGGCAAAAUGCAGAAAAGUCUCUCUGAAUAAGCAGGAUUCUGGAGCUACAGACUCAGUCUCCCCAAGUCAGCAUUCUCUCCUUAUUCUUAUUCCCUCUGAAUAAGCUGAGACUCAGGGAAGCAACCCUGGGGGUGGAGGGCAUCCUUCUGCAGAGGCCUGCUGGCACUGAGGCAGCAGUCCCCAGGGCUUGCGGACAAGGAAGGAGAACAUCACAUAUCCUAGCUCCCCUUGAGCUCCUUAGGACAUGUCACCUUCAUUUUCUACUGUCUUUGAGUCUUGGGCUAAGAUUUUCAUAGUGCCUAUCACUCAGGGUUGCCCUCCAGAGAGGCACCUCCUGAGUGGCUGGGCCCACCCUGCCCAGUGUCAAAUUGCUCAACAUAGAAUGAGGAAUGUGUAAGGGCUUAGUGUCCUUUGUCUUCUUGACUAAAAGGGACAUUGAAAGGUAGUCAUGUGAGGAGCCUCUGGGGGCCUGGCUUGUCCUGUACCAGAACAUGGAGUUACUGUGGGCAAGAGAUUUGUGUCUCAGCUGGGGACCAGCUCCAGAAUACCCAAUGCUGUGACUUUGUAUGUAGACCCUUUUUUCCUACCUGUCCCAGUGUAUGGCACAGCCUGCCAGUCUGCUCAGACUUUCCCUGCAUUGGCAUAUCUCCAAAAGCUGGCCUCUGCACUGGUUCCAGCUCAGCCCCUCAUUCUGGUGGGUACUUUCUGGUGCUCAGAAGGAGAGAAGAAAGUGAAAGCCAUAGACUUGGCCUGGCCAGGCCCACAGUCAGGUGGAGGGAGAGGUGAAGAGGAGAUGCAGGUUGGCUCAGACACCUGUAGGACAAAGGAAUAGACAGUGGGUGCAGCCCAUAGACUCUAGGGCAUCAGGGGCCUUUAUGGGGGGUAUUGGAGAGCAGCAGGCAUUGAACUAGUCUGUAUCUCCCCUCUUACCUUGGGCAAACCCUUGUGUAGGGAGGUGACCUAGCCAGACCCAUGACAGCCUGCCCUGGAGAAUGAUCCCCAUCCCUGCCCAAAAGCCAGGCUGCUACUGCCCAGCUAUAGCACAGAAGGGAGGGACAAGCUGUAGUUUGCACCCGUAGUGAUCAGUGGACUCUGGCUUCAUAGUUCUUCCCCAGGGUUUUCCCAUCAGUGCCAAGGUGGUUCUAUAGACCCCUCUCCCCACCACCCCAACCAACUUUCUGUAUGCCAUUUACCAGCAUUUAUGUGGGACCUCUGUGCAUGAAAGAGAGAACAGUUGUGAAGUGACAGUUUCCUUUAAAACAGCACCAGGAAGGGAAAAGAGUGGUCCCUCAUGCCUCCAGGUAGCCUUGGCCAAGGGUCUGGGCCAGUGAGUUGGCCAACUCGGCAUCUGCUCUGAAUGGCAGAGAGGUGAGCAUCCCUUCUUGGGGUCCUCCCCAUUGCAGUAUUUGGGUUUGUACACCAAAGAUGAUCUGGCCCAUCUUCCUCCCCAAGGCACAGUGAUAGGUUCACAGUCAGUGGGGAAGGGCACUGCGGGGCUCUGGAGCUACAGAUUCAGUCUCGCCAAGUCAGCAUUCUCUCCUCUUCAGUUGUCAUAGCAUUCAUAUAAGCUGCUUGCAGGGUCAUCAGGUUAACCAGGGUGAUUGGCGCACUUGACCGUACAGUACCUCAGUCUAGCUAUUAGGGCAUCCUUUUUUGCUGUAGUCUCCGCCAGGACUUUGUUAGUUGUGAUCACUGACGAUUCCAUGUUCUGUGAAGUGGGCACAGCUCCCCACAGAUGGCAGGUCUGCCAGCAGGUUCACUCUAUUGGGAUUGGGCAGGCCUUUUCCCUCCCUCCCUCUGCCCAAAAGACCUCCCUGGAUUUGUAGAUGUUUACCCAGAGUCAUCUGCGCCUUUCAGGAGAGUGUUUUCUUAAUGGUUUUUACUAAAAGGGUUGUGGGGAAGGAGAAAAAAAGGGGCUAUGUGUGACACUGUGGAAUAGGACAGUGGUACUGGUUUUGGCAGUGAGUUUUCCACAGGCCCUUGUUGGCUCCUUGGCUGGACCCCAGAAUGAUCAGGACCUCCUUUGCCUGUCCUGCCCUCUGUGACAGAUAGAGAGAGAGGGCCUGCCUCUGUGUGUACAGAGUGAGCCAAUACGUGCUCAGGAAAACUUAGUUGCUUGCUGUUGCUCUCUGUGACAUUUGUAUACACUGGUUUGCUACUCAAGGCAUGAAACAGACAAAAAAAAA